AAACGUCUGCCGUGUCCCAAACGUCUGCUGUCAAAGUAACGUUUGUGCUGUCAAAUUUUUCCCGUAGCUGCGGUUCUGUCUCUUUCGACGGCAAUUGCCUCAAUUUUCACAUAGUGUAAAAGCGACGCGCCGGCAAGUGGUAUUGACUGCAAAGAUGAAUCCGGAAAAGCUGAAGAAAAUGCAGAGCGAGGUGCGCAUCGGCGGCAAGGGCAUGCCCCGCCGUAAGAAGAAGAUCGUCCACACGAGCUCGGCCGUCGACGACAAGAAGCUGCAGCUGUCGUUGAAGAAGCUCGGAGUCAACACGAUUCCCGGCAUCGAGGAGGUGAACAUGAUCAAAAACGAUGGUUCCGUGAUCCACUUCAACAACCCAAAGACACAGGCAUCCCUGGGCACCAACACGUUCGCCAUCACCGGUCACAGCGAAACGAAAAUGAUCACGGAAAUGCUGCCCAACAUCAUCUCCCAGCUCGGACCGGAAGGUUUGAAUCAGCUGAAAAAGCUGGCCACGGCGGCCGCCGCCGAGGAGGAUGACGAUGUGCCGGAGCUGACCGAAAACUUUGAGGAGGUGUCGAAGAAGGAGGCGGAGACGAAAGAAGCUGCUGCUGCCGGUGCAUCCAGCACUAAGGCGCCAGAGGUUCCAGCUUCUUCAUAAGCACACAAACACACAACCCUUACACACACACACAAACCGAUAGGCUCGCUGCUCUUAAGUAAUACAACCUCCCCCUUUUGCUCUAGUAUAACCCGUUUCGUUUUCUUUCCGAUGGGUGCGCGCCACUGGACACUUGCAAGCCGAACGAACAAGCCCGCGCAGUAAACAAAACACAUCUCUUUGCUCGCUUAAGGUAAUGAGCCUUCAUCUCCCAUCACAGAGUAGUACAUGGAUUGCAGUUCUCUUAAAAAUCAUCUUCGCAAUGUGUAUGCUUAAUAACACAACACCUCCCCCCCCCCAACACACACACACACGCACUACGCCUAAUUAUAUUUUGGAUAGUGUUUUUCUCCUAUAAGCCAUGGUAAUGGAAUUGCUUUGUUGAACAACCAAGUUGUAACGGACGGAGUUCCGUGGCUGAAAUGUGUAUGUUCGUCGAAAGUAUGGUGACAUUUUAAGAAUUAAAAAGCUAAUGUGUAACUAUCUCCUCCGUCCGUCAUGUGACGACGAGUGUUUCGAGGUAGGGUAACUGUAA